AUGGCAAGGCAGGCUUCGUCCCCAGUGCCCGGCCUCCGGCUGGGGCUGUUGCUGCUGCUUCUCUCAGCCCGGCCGGUGCCAGCCGCCACGACGGAUGCACUUCUGCCCAACCCCAGAGGCAGCGCGUGUUCCCGGAUCUGGCAGAACCCACGCUUCGUGGCCAGGAAGCGGGGCUUCCCAGUGACGCUGCAGUGCUACACGGACGGCACCUCCAGCGUCGUGAGUUGGCUCCGGAAGCGCGACGAGGACUCGAUGCCGCAGCCACUGCACCUGGAGCAGGGUCGCAUGCUGCAGGUGCAGAACAGCUCCGUGGUCACCCUCACCAUCCAGGGCGUCCAGUUUGAAGACAACGGCGUCUACUUCUGCCAGCAGGAGUGCCCGAGGAGCGGGCAGAGCUCCGAGGUCCACCUGGGCUGCGGCACCGAGCUGCGCGUCAUGGGUGAGUGCGGGCGGGACGACAGCAAGGCCGGGAGGGAGGAAGACCACACCUACGAGGGCCUGGACGUCGACCAGACGGCCACCUACGAGGACAUCGUGACUCUGCGGGCAGGGGAGGUGAAGUGGUCAGUGGGCGAGCACCCAGGUCAGGAGUGA